GGCGGGCGCAGUCCACCCCAGGGUGGAGAAGAGGGAAGGCGAAGGACGCGCGCUCCCAGGCUCGUGACCGUGACCGCGACCGCAGGCGGCGCAGGGACCGGGGCGCAGAUAGCCUUGGAGAGAUGGCAGGCGGCGGGCACCGGCGCGUCCUGGGCGCCCUCCACCUGCUGCUGCUGGCCGCCCUGCCCCUGGCAACCGAGGGGAUCAGUCGGGGCGCCGCAGCCUGGACCCAGGAGAAGAAUGAUCACCAACCAGCCAUUCUGAAUUCAUCGUCUCUCCGGCAAGUUGCAGAAGGCACCAGUAUUUCUGAAAUGUGGCAACAUGAUUUACGGCCAUUGCUGAUAGAGCGAUAUCCAGGAUCCCCUGGAAGCUAUGCUGCUCGCCAGCAUAUCAUGCAGAGAAUUCAGAGACUUCAAGCUGACUGGGUCUUGGAAGUAGACACCUUCUUGAGUCAGACACCUUAUGGAUAUCGGUCUUUCUCAAAUAUCAUCAGCACCCUCAAUCCCACUGCUAAACGGCACUUGGUACUUGCUUGUCACUAUGAUUCCAAGUAUUUCCCCCAUUGGGACAACAGGGUGUUUGUGGGAGCCACCGACUCAGCCGUGCCCUGUGCGAUGAUGUUGGAACUAGCUCGUGCCUUAGACAAGCAACUCCUUUCCUUGAAGAACGUUUCAGACUCCAAGCUGGAUCUGUCACUCCAGCUGAUUUUCUUUGACGGGGAAGAGGCUUUUCUUCACUGGUCCCCUCAAGACUCUCUGUAUGGGUCUCGGCACUUAGCUGCAAAGAUGGCAUCGACCCCACACCCACCUGGAGCGAGAAACACCAACCAGCUGCACAGCAUGGAUUUAUUGGUCUUAUUAGAUUUAAUUGGAGCUCCAAAUCCAACAUUUCCCAAUUUUUUCCCAAACUCUGCCCGAUGGUUUGAUAGACUUCAAGCAAUUGAACAUGAACUCCAUGCAUUAGGUUUGCUCAAGGCUCAUUCUUUGGAGAGGCGGUAUUUCCAGAAUCAUGGUUUUGGAGGAAUGAUUCAGGAUGACCAUCUCCCAUUUUUACGAAGAGGUGUUCCAGUUUUGCAUCUGAUAGCAUCUCCUUUCCCUGAAGUAUGGCAUACGAUGGAUGACAAUGAAGAAAAUUUGGAUGAAGCAACCAUUGACAAUCUAAACAAAAUUAUACAAGUCUUUGUGUUAGAAUAUUUGCAUUUGUAAUGUUCUCAUUUAGUUCAUGAUAAUUGUAUCUAGUAUCGAAUUUGAAAGUUAAGGUACAAUCCUAUCUAAUAAAAGAGUAAUAUGCAAAUUAA